GGUGGGGCGGGGCCUGGGCUGUCACCUGGCAAGGAGGAGGAAGCAGCCGGCAGCGUGCGGUGUGAGGGGCGGGACCGGGUGGCCUGCCGAGGGUCAGCAGAGGUAGACCGGGCCAUGCGGGUGGGCCGGGGUGCGGGGCCGCCGGGUCACAUGGGGGUGGCCGUCACUGUGUUGCUGCUGCUGCUGCUGAGCGGCGUGGGACCGGCGCGCGGCUCCGAGGACAUCGUGGUGGGCUGCGGGGGCUUCGUCAAGUCGGACGUGGAGAUCAACUACUCGCUCAUCGAGAUAAAGCUGUACACCAAGCAUGGGACUUUGAAAUACCAGACAGACUGUGCCCCUAACAAUGGCUACUUUAUGAUUCCCUUGUAUGAUAAGGGGGAUUUCAUUCUGAAGAUUGAGCCUCCCCUAGGGUGGAGUUUUGAGCCGACGAACGUAGAGCUGUAUGUGGAUGGCGUGAGCGAUAUCUGCACCAAGGGUGGGGACAUCAACUUCGUGUUCACAGGCUUCUCUGUGAAUGGAAAGGUCCUCAGCAAAGGGCAGCCCCUGGGCCCCGCAGGAGUUCAGGUGUCCCUCAGGAGCACUGGCACUGAAGCAAAGAUCCAGUCCACAGUCACGCAGCCAGGCGGAAAGUUUGCAUUUUUUAAAGUCCUUCCUGGUGACUAUGAAAUCCUCGCGACUCAUCCGACCUGGGCCUUGAAAGAGGCGAGCACCACGGUGCGUGUAACCAACUCCAAUGCCAAUGCUGCUGGUCCCCUCAUAGUUGCUGGCUACAACGUGUCUGGCUCUGUGCGGAGUGAUGGGGAACCCAUGAAAGGAGUGAAGUUUCUUCUCUUUUCUUCUUUAGUGACCAAAGAGGAUGUCCUGGGCUGCAAUGUGUCGCCAGUACCAGGGUUCCAGCCCCAAGAUGAGAGCCUGGUGUAUCUGUGCUAUGCAGUUUCCGAAGAGGACGGAUUCUUCUCCUUCCACUCCCUGCCGAGCGGGGCCUACACGGUGGUUCCGUUCUACAGAGGUGAGAGGAUCACCUUCGACGUGGCGCCUUCCAGACUUGACUUCACUGUGGAACAUGACAGCCUGAGGAUUGAGCCCGUGUUCCACGUCAUGGGAUUCUCUGUCACUGGGAGGGUCUUGAAUGGACCUGAAGGAGAAGGUGUCCCGGAGGCCGUGGUCACUCUGAACAAUCAGAUCAAAGUCAAAACCAAAGCUGACGGCUCUUUCCGCCUAGAGAACAUAGCAACAGGGACAUAUACCAUCCAUGCUCAGAAAGAGCAUCUCUACUUUGAAACAGUCACCAUCAAAAUCGCACCUAACACCCCACAGCUGGCUGACAUCAUUGCCACAGGGUUCAGCGUCUGCGGUCAGAUAUCAAUUACGCGCAUUCCUGACACCGUCAAGCAGAUGACUAAAUACAAAGUGGUCCUGUUGUCUCAGGACAAGGACAAGUCUCUGGUCACCGUGGAGACGGAUGCUCAUGGAUCAUUUUGCUUUAAAGCAAAACCAGGGGCCUACAAAGUCCAGGUGGUGGUGCCCGAGGUUGAGACCAGAGCAGGGCUGAUGCUGAAGCCCCAGACGUUUCCUGUCACUGUGACCGACAGGCCCGUGAUGGAUGUGGCCUUUGUGCAGUUUUUGGCAUCUGUUUCUGGGAAAGUCUCUUGUUUGGACACCUGUGGUGACCUGCUGGUGACGCUGCAGUCACUGAGCCGCCAGGGCGAGAAGCGGAGCCUCCAGCUCUCCGGCAAAGUCAACUCCAUGACUUUUACGUUUGACAACGUGCUGCCCGGAAAAUAUAAAACCAGCAUCAUGCAUGAGGACUGGUGCUGGAAGAACAAGAGCCUGGAGGUGGAGGUUCUGGAUGAUGAUGUGUCCAUGGUAGAGUUUCGGCAGACAGGCUAUAUGCUGAGAUGUUCCCUUUCUCAUGCCAUCACUCUGGAGUUUUAUCAGGAUGGAAAUGGACCUGGGAACGUGGGAAUUUACAACCUCUCCAAAGGAGUCAACCGCUUCUGCCUAUCCAAGCCCGGUGUAUACAAAGUGACCCCUCGCUCCUGCCACCGGUUUGAGCAAGCCUUCUAUACCUAUGACACGUCUUCACCCAGUAUCUUGACAUUGACAGCCAUUCGCCACCAUGUCCUCGGAACUAUCACCACUGACAAGAUGAUGGAUGUCACCGUAACUAUCAAGUCUUCUGUUGACAGUGAGCCUGCCUUGGUCUUGGGCCCCCUGAAGUCUGCGCAGGAGUUGCGGAGGGAGCAGCAGCUGGCAGAGAUAGAGACCCGCAGGCAGGAGAGGGAGAAGAAUGGCAAAGAAGAGGGUGAGGAAGGCAGGACCAAACCCCCUGGGCAAGAGAUGGUUGAUGAGUUACAAGGUCCCUUCUCCUAUGACUUCUCUUAUUGGGCCCGGUCUGGAGAGAAAAUCACGGUUACACCUUCAUCCAAAGAGCUGCUCUUCUACCCCCCUUCCAUGGAAGCCACCAUCAGCGGAGAAAGCUGCCCAGGGAAACUGAUUGAGAUACAUGGGAAGGCAGGCCUGUUCCUGGAAGGCCAGAUCCACCCAGAGCUGGAAGGAGUGGAGAUCAUCAUCAGUGAGAAGGGGGCGAGCUCACCUCUGAUAACAGUCUUUACUGAUGACAAAGGGGCCUACAGUGUGGGGCCUCUGCACAGUGACCUGGAAUACACGGUGACCUCACAGAAGGAGGGCUAUGUGCUGACUGCAGUGGAGGGAACUGUAGGGGACUUCAAGGCUUAUGCCUUGGCUGGCGUCAGCUUCGAGAUAAAAGCUGAAGAUGACCAGCCUCUCCCGGGGGUCCUCUUAUCCCUCAGUGGUGGUGUGUUUCGCUCCAACCUCUUGACACAGGACAAUGGCAUUCUGACAUUCUCAAACCUGAGCCCUGGCCAGUACUACUUCAAGCCCAUGAUGAAGGAGUUCCGUUUUGAGCCAUCCUCACAGAUGAUAGAGGUGCAGGAGGGACAGAGUCUGAGGAUCACCAUCACCGGGUACCGGACGGCCUAUAGUUGCUAUGGUACAGUGUCUUCUUUAAAUGGAGAACCAGAGCAGGGGGUUGCGGUGGAAGCCGUGGGACAGAAGGACUGCAGCAUCUAUGGAGAAGACACUGUGACUGAUGAAGAGGGGAAGUUCAGGCUUCGUGGACUGCUGCCCGGUUGUGUGUACCACGUGCAGCUCAAGGCAGAAGGCAAUGACCACAUUGAGCGGGCACUGCCCCACCAUCGAGUCAUCGAGGUCGGAAACAAUGACAUUGAUGAUGUCAACAUCAUCGUCUUCAGGCAGAUUAACCAGUUUGAUUUGAGUGGGAAUGUGAUCACUUCCUCUGAGUAUCUUCCUACGUUGUGGGUGAAGCUGUACAAGACCGAGAACCUUGACAACCCCAUCCAGACGGUGUCUCUUGGCCAGUCCCUCUUCUUCCACUUCCCGCCGCUGCUCAGAGAUGGAGAGAACUACGUCGUGCUUCUGGACUCCACACUGCCCAGGUCUCAGUAUGAGUACAUCCUGCCCCAGGUCUCCUUCACCGCUGCGGGCUACCAUAAGCACAUCACCUUGAUCUUCAGUCCCACGAGGAAGCUGCCGGAGCAGGACAUCGCUCAAGGCUCGUACAUCGCCCUGCCACUGACGCUGCUGGUCCUGUUGGCUGGUUACAACCAUGAUAAGCUCAUUCCCUUGCUGCUGCAGUUGACAAGUCGGCUGCAGGGUGUCCGAGCCCUUGGCCAGGCAGCCUCUGACAACAGUGGCCCAGAGGACGCAAAGAGACAGGCCAAGAAACAGAAGACCAGACGCACAUGAGGAGGGGGAGAGCAGCUGUAGUCUCACUGGGACGGGCCACAGUGGAGCCACCACUCACCCGGAGAAACAGGCACGUGGCGACUCACCACAGUUGUGCCAUGGCCUUUGCCCUCUUGUGGCGUGGCGGCCUGUACUGCCCCCCUCGUGUGGCCCCAUGGUGCAAUGCAAUGAAUGGACCCUCCUGUCAUUCUGCUGAACACACUUUAUUUUCUGAGUUGAAGAUAAUUUAUUAUUAUUAUUUUUGUCAGAGAAGUAUUUAAGCCGUUGUGGUGGUAUGAGAAUGUAAUUCUUAGUCUUUGUAUUUGUUUGUGAGAGUAGUUCUGGUCAGCGUGGCCUUAGCUCUGUAGUGAAGGGCCUUCUGAUUCUCUUGUCUCGUGAACUUCCCACACACUUGAGAGGGCUGCUGGGACUGCAGCAGUCUUGCCCACUGCUAGAAAAAUCCGUUAGGAGGUAAAAUCAAUAAAGUCACCCAUUCAUUUGUGUUGUAGCUCGACUCAGGUGACACUGAUGGGAUGCUGGGGUCACAUGGGAGAUUCACACGGAGCAGGUGGAGCCCUGAGCAAAGUGGGUGGGGCAAGGAGCACAGGCAGAGCCACGGUGACACACAGCCAUGGGGACACAGGGACUGUGAGGAUGAUGCAAAUGGAAAGCACAGGCCCCAGGCACAGGAAGCCUGUCACUCGGCUCAGACUUGCUUUCUCAGCAGGAGAAUGUGUUCUGUUCCUAGAGAAGCCAGAAAGACAAAGCCUUAUGUGAAAUCGCCCGGGUUUGAAGUGUUGAUGAUGUUGUUUCUAAAACUACUACACACUGUUGGCCACACAGAACACACGUGCAGAAUGGUCAAUCUUGUAGGUCACCGGUUUUUAGAAGAUGCACAGUACCCCUCAGGAGCUGUGCUUGUCCUGGAGGAAGAAGCCCAGGUAGCUAGGGGGAAGGUCAUGCAGAUACCAAGUGUCAGGUAGCCGCCUUGGGAUAUGGAGGGCAGAGGAUGGGGCUGUGUUGGCAUUGUGGCUAGUAGCAUCCAGGAGUUGGGCUUGCGGUAAGAGCAAGCUAAUGCCUGCAUAUGGGAAGGCACAAAUGGGCCUGCGGUGUCUGCCUCCUCAGUGCAUGGCCCAUCACUGGGUAGGGGACACGUCAGAAGCAGACAGUGGCCUCUGGUUGGCAGAAACUUGGGCUGUGAGGGCUCAGCAGAGUUCAGGUCCUGCCUGGGGCAGAUGAGAGAAUGUAAUUCUUAGUCUUCUGGAUGGGAUGCUGAGCUGAGCCUGCAGAGACAGAGAGACAACAAGGCGGAGGGUCUUUGUGCCACCCCAACACAGAGGCUCAGUUUGCAGGAUCCCUGGCUUUCUCGUGGGUUUGCAUUGUUGCUGCUCGGGAAGGUGCUGUGCCAUCUGGGAUGGGCAGAGACAUAAUCCAUACCUCUGAGUGUGUCUAACUCUUAUUCCAAGUGGACACCCAGAAACAUCACUUUUAAAUGUUAAUGAUGCUUUUUAUUGAUGCGGUGUAAAGGUUAAGAGCUUGUGAAAGACAACCAAA